UGUAGUGUGUCAAAAGCAUUCGGGAAGUAGGCUAUUGCGCUACAAUAAAAAGGAGACGCUAAAGAAUCCGAAAAUGCAACCUCCUCCCAGAAAGGUGAAGGAGACCCAGCAGGUGAAGAUGGCCUUUGCGGAGCAAGUUGGGCGGCUGCAGAGCAAACAGCAGCAGGAGGUAGAACUCCUGGAGGACAUCAGGUCCUUCAGUAAACAGCGUGCUGCCAUAGAACAAGAGUACAGUCAGGCCCUUCAGAGGCUGGCCAUACAGUUCCAGAGGAAAGACUGGCAAAGAGGCAAGGGAGACUCUUUGCACUCUGGGAGUGUGUUUGCUGUGUGGAGGUCUCUGAUUGAGGCCACGGCACAGAGUGGAGUGUGUCGUCUCACGGCGGCCGACGGAUAUCGUUCACUCACUGCCGACGCUCUGAAGAGCCUGAGGGCAGCCAAGGAGCUGAAGGCCAAGAGGGGUCUAGAGCAGCUGCAGAGGGUACAGGGUGAGGUAGUGGAUGCACUACGAGAGCUCCACAAGGUCAAGAAGAGAUACUACCAGCUGAGUCACAUGGCUAACGUGGCCAGGGAGAAAGCUGCUGACGCACAGGCCAAAUUCAAGAAGAGUGACCAUGGAAUUUUCCAUUUUAGGACAGGCUUGCAGAAAAUGAGUUCAAAGCUGAAUACCAGGCUGAGGGAGUGUGACCAGAGACUGACAGAGGUGCGUAAUGAGUACCUUCUGACACUGUCUGCCAUCAACUCUCAUCACCAGUACUACUACACUGCAGAGCUGCCUGCCAUCAUGAGGAGACUGGACAGUGACCUGUAUGAGCAAAUCCGAGAACACUUCACUCUCUUGUGCUGCACAGAGAUCGACACCUGCCGGUCAACGCAUAGUAACUUUAGCCAGAUCUGCGAGAACUCCACCAAGGUGUCAAGAGAACGGAACAUCCAGAUCUUCCUCCAGGAGUUCCCGGUCUUCACCAGAACAGCCGGCUUUCACUUCCAGGUUGCCCCUCAAGACAAGGUGUGCAUUCUGAAGCAACAUAGCUCCAGUGCUGAGGGGGAGAGCUGUUUGGACAAGGAGGCCCGCAAGUGGUCUGCUAAGGCUGCCAAAGACUACAAGAUCAUCUCACACGGAGAUAGGGCACUGCAGAUGCUGGACAGGCGUUUCAAACUGCUGUCAGGAGACACGGGAGUCAGCGUGGAACAGAAGAUGGUGGAGGUGAAGGAGAGUGUGAGGAAAGCACAGGUGAGCCGGGUGAAGGCGGAGUCCAGGCUGGCGCUGCUGGCGUCGGCGGGGGUGGACGUGGAGCCAUGGAUGAGCAGUGCUAUGACCCAGGCAGACGAGGAGCUGGAGCGGGACAGGAGGCUGAGCGAGGCACGCAUGUCCAACGGAGAUAUCUCCGAGGACGAGUUUGAGUUCACAGACUUCGACGACUACGAUGAAGAUGGUGACACUUUCAUCGAUUCAACUUCCUGCUCGGUGCCGUGUGGAUACCCCUUGGCUUGCAUGGUUCUCUACAGCUAUCAGGCCUGCCAAGGAGACGAGCUGUCAAUCACAGAGGGAGAAGAGCUUCAGGUGAUAGAGGAUGGAGACAUGGAGGACUGGCUGAAGGCACGUAAUGCAGCAGGCCAGGUUGGCUACGUCCCCGAGAGGUACCUGCAGUUCCUGUGGUCACCAGGAGAGGGCUCCUCUGUCUGCCUGGCGCAGGGCUUCCCUUGUCCCGAGCUGGACUGGUCUUUCAACAGUUCCGGCUCCUCAUCACAACAUUCCAAGAGGCAGCAGGGCCGCUCCCCUCACUCUGGGGGUCUGGCACGGGCUCUGUAUGAGUACCAGGGCCAGGGUCCAGAGGAGCUGUCCUUCCCAGAAGGGGCGGUCAUUAGGCUGCUGCGCUGCCGCCAGGGGGAGGUGGACGACGGCUUCUGGGAGGGAGAGCUGGACGGACGCGUGGGGGUCUUUCCUUCUCUGGUAGUGGAGCUGCUGGGAGACGGGGAGGAAGAGGAAGAGGAGAGCCUUCCCACCCCUACUCUUCCUCCAUUCUCUCCACCAAUCCCUAUUUCUGGAACCCCCUGCAGUCUCCUCUGCUUCUCAUCUGGCCCUGGGUCCUGGUCUGUAAACAGUACGCCCCCUAAGGACCCGGAGGACAGGUUGCAGGCUUCUUUCUCACUGAAAACACAGAGCCUGUCAGACAGCAGGGCAGAGAGUGGAGGUAGCACACACAGCUCACCUGACCUCUCAGCCAGAAGAAUACGACCGACAAGGGCUCCCCCUCUUCCCCCGACUCAGAGACACUCCCCCAUGCCCUGAGGAAGCAUGUGUGGGGGAGUGUUCAGAAGAGACAGAGUGGACACCACAGGAGAGUCUUGUGCCUUCACCAAAAGGAUGAAACACACCAUCACAGGGACUUGUACAGUUUGUAGCUACCAGGUGAGCUUGGUCUCUUCCUGACGGGCUACACUAUUUUUGAAAGUCAGUAUUCUUGUAUUGUUUACGUGAUAAUAUGUCAAAAAACAUGGAUUCGUCUGUCUCUGAGCUUCAGGGACAUCCUUCACCAGUUUUCAGAAGUAUUAAACUAUCUUGUAGGAAGUGAUGUUUAUAAUUUGCGAAUGAUAAGAUACAGGGUUAUUUGAGAUCCUGUAGAAAUAAAUGUUCAGUAUUGCAGUUCAAAUAAGCUUGUGCCUGAUGUUUUUUUAGCUUGCAUGAUAAUGUACUGUAUUAAUUAUACAGUAGUAAACCAUAUAUAAUGUACUGUAUUAAUUAUACAGUAGAAAACCACAUAAUGCACUGUAUUAAUUAUACAGUAGUAAACCAUAUUCUACAUGUCAUGUUCUAUUUCCAUGAGAACCAGAAUCAAACAUGGACACUGAGAUGAAUACAAACAAUCUUCCUGGUGUGUUUGUCCUUGUUAAUAUC